GGCAGGCCAGCAGCUGAAGGCCUCGCCAGGCCCAGCCCCCCUCCCCCACCGUGCAGCUCCAGGCCUCCUCAGCACGCCGCCCGGUUCUUCCCGCUCCUGGCACGACUGCGGUCCGGGACGGCAACCACCACUAUCAUCAGCCCGAACCAAACAUGGCCGCGCCAGGCUGCGUGGGGGGAACUGCCAGGCGCUAAGAUGGCGCCGGAUCCCCGCUGCUGUGUCAGAACCGACUCCAAGAUGGCCGCCAUCCCGCCCCCGCGCGCUCUGCUGCCAGGGUCCAAGAUGACUUCCUCCGCGCUUUCGACGUCCCUCGCUUUGCCGCCCCGGCACCCUUAGGCUGUGUCCGCCUUCAUCAAAGAUGGCGGUCGGAAGCGGUCCUGGUUACUAGGCUCCCACCCCUCGCUCUCCUUGCCAGAGAUCGCUGCCGAGAUGGCGGCGGCUGAGCUGGAGUAUGAGUCUGUCCUCUGCGUGAAGUCCGAUGUUAACGUCUAUCGCAUUCCGCCGCGGACUUCCAACCGCGGAUACAGGGCAUCUGACUGGAAACUGGACCAUCCAGACUGGACAGGGCGGCUUCGUGUCACCUCCAAAGGCAAAACUGCAUACAUAAAGCUGGAGGAUAAGGUUUCGGGAGAACUCUUCGCCCAGGCUCCUAUAGAUCAAUACCCCGGCAUCGCGGUAGAGACUGUGACAGAUUCCAGCCGCUAUUUUGUCAUUCGGAUUCAAGAUGGGACUGGACGAAGUGCUUUUAUAGGCAUUGGCUUCACGGAUCGUGGUGAUGCCUUUGACUUCAACGUCUCUUUGCAGGAUCACUUCAAGUGGGUGAAGCAGGAGACUGAGAUAUCUAAGGAGUCCCAGGAGGCUGACACACGUCCCAAAUUAGACUUAGGGUUUAAGGAAGGGCAGACCAUCAAACUGAACAUUGGGAACAUGACGACAAAGAAAGGAGGAGCAGCCAAGCCCCGUGUGGCUGGAUCAGGGGGCCUAAGCCUGUUACCACCCCCACCAGGAGGCAAAAUUGCAGUCCCUCCUAUACCUCCCCCUUCUUCCACAGCCAUUGCCAACCAUGUCACACCACCGCCCGUGCAGAAAUCCAGUAAUGUGAGCAGUGCAGAUAUUCUAUUAGACUUAGAUGCUCCUGCAUCUGCAUCCAAGACACCAGCAUCAGCUACCACAGACCUCUGGGGAGACUUCAGCACUGCAUCCAGUGCUGUUCCCAAUCAGGCUCCUCAGCAGUCCAACUGGGUCCAGUUCUGAAUGGUCAAAGCAGUGGAAUGGGACAACCAAGAGGCUCUAGAGGCACCAAAGGGGAUCAGAGGGGACGCAAAAGUCUUCAAUCAAAACUAAAUCAGGACAAUUUUUCUUUUUUAAACCAGAUGCUCAUUUCAGUCAAAACUUACUAUUUUUGAUCCCACAAUGAAACUACUGAACCUAAAGAGAACAUGCUGACUCCUCACGAGAUGAGCAAGGAGGAAAGAGGUAGUCUCAUCUCUUCCACUCACUUAGCUGUUCCAUGGUACAUUCCAGCUCUUUUUUUUUCUUUGUCUUUCCAUUACAGGGAAAGCAAGAAUCCUGAAAAUGGUGGGUACAGGAGGAGGCUGGGUAGGUGCCUCUGGGUUCCCUGUCCUUUAAAUUUUCUCUGGUUAGACUUGCUUUCUGUGGCUGCUUUCACUUGUAACUGGAGUCUCUGCAGCUUGAUCUGCAGUGAUGGAAGACAACUGCAUUUGGCUGCAGCUUGUAAAUGGUAGCUGUAAGGUAAUAGGUCUUGUGUCAGCACAAACCCCUCUUUGAUUAAUUUUAUCUGCGGUGAGGCGAGAGCCUUCCCAUGCAUGCACUACUCUUCCUCUCUUUGGUGCAAUUCCUGAUAGUGCUGGAUGUUCCUGUGCUCUUGUGGAAGGAGUCAUGAAAGUCCUUGGAUAGACCUGUUGCCAUUGCUAUUUAGCUCUAGGUGGGUGCCUCAUCUUAAGGCUCCUUGUUUGGCUUGCAGGUUUACUGGAGGAACUUGUCAUUUGCAGCCCUUUCUCCUCCCUGCCUCAUGCAAAAGCCUCAUUGUCAUUGAGCUGUUUUAAUUGGAAAUAGCUUAAAAAAACCCAUACCAACCCACAGCCCUGUUUUUAUAAUUUGGUAGUUCCUUGCAUUAGAUGACAACCUGGUAAUCCCAUUUGGCAUUUCACAUUCCUGUGUCACUAUCCUGAGCCCUGGCCUUUUGUUGUGACUUGGCACCAUGUUACAAAUAUUUCAUACCCACACCAGAGUGAGAACAGUGGUGGGGCAGUGGGUUAGCUGCUGGUGAAGGGACAGUCUCCUUCCCCUUGGCAGCUCACAUUUACAUUUGGGCAAGAAAUGUGUAGUAGGCCUGAUCUUGAGAACUCUGGCAGUGAAAUUCUCCCACUUGCGUUCCUUCUGGUGGUUUUUUCUCUGACACUGACUUUCCAGGGAUAGAAGCCAGUUAUUCUAAGUUGGAUUCUUUUAUUUGUGCUUCUAAAAAAAAAUUUAACCUUCUCCAACUCCCCUCUAUUUCCUGCGUGGCUUAGGGGGUUAAAAGAGGUAAAAGGCCCUUACUCUCUGUGUUACCUUUGGGAGAGCUUCCUGAGGGCCUUUGAUCUGGACACUAUUCCCUCUUUAGCAGCCGUGGAGGUGAUCUGGGACAUAAGUCCGCCAGUUUCUCUGGCCAAGCCCCACGGGCAGGCUGGAAACCUCCCGGUGGUAACUGCCCUGCCCUCCCCUCUGUGCUAGCUGAGAACCCAAAAUACCAGCUGGGGAGGUGGUCUCAGUGACUCAUCUACAGCUAUACCCACCCAGUAGAACACAAGGGUUUUGGUAUGUUUCUGGGAAGGCUUCUUUCUGUUUUGAACAUUCAGCCAGCAGUAACACUUUUUUAACUGGGAUGUGCUCUGCUCGCACACCUGUGCAAGAAUAUUUUUCCCUUUGGGCAAAGAUUUCCUGGUGAGACUUUCAAGAGUAGUUAGCUAUAUGGACCUUAUACUUGCAAAGGUAUGUUUUUCUUUUGUCUUACUACACUGAGGCCAUUUUGGAGACAAAGUUUCACUUGCACCACUUCCCUCUGGGAAGCAAAAUUCUUGAAAUAAGGCUCUAAAGCUGCUGCAGUUCCACUUGUGGAAGUGGGGACCAGACUACUGGAUGUAUUUUAAGUAGUCAUUUAAUCCUGAUCCCCUGGAUCUCUUGGUGUUCCCCCUGCCUUCAUAGUCACUCCUGUGGUCUCAUUGUGCUUAAAUUCCUGGCCUCCUCUGAAUUUGGGGGGGCUGUAAUCUGCUGGCAAAGUCGUGGACUCUGCUGGUGAGCUUUUUGUUGUUCUUUUUUUUCCCCCUCAAAUCAUGUAAGGUCCUGUCAUUUCAACUGUGUAUCAGUUCCCCAAACAAAGGAAGUUCAUGGCACCCAUAACAACUAACUAGGAGCCUCUUCUGUAUUGUCUUAGUAUUCUGGAGAUAAUAUAUUAUGUAUUUGAAAAACUGAAGAAGCAAAAAUUAAAGAUAUAUGUAUAUAAAGCAUAA